AAAUUCUGAAGAACUAUACUGAAAACAAUGCCACUCGCUAUUAUAUUAGCUGGAAUAUAAACUGAAAAAUAAGCAGUACUUUAAAGUGAAAAUGGCUGCAACUGUGCGAUUGUUUUCUACAAGCCUCAGAUAUGCCUGUGAUCGUAACAGCAAAGCUCUGUUGGUGACUGUGUUGCGAUUGCGCAAUCUAGCCAGGUUGCAGCAGGUAUUCACUGCUGCUACGUGCCUGCAACGCAAUGAAGGCAAAGACUUAUGGUCUGGUCAAAAUUCUGUUCAGUGUUUACCAAAAAAUAAUCAUGUGGCAUUUAUCAGUGAUGUGUCAAUAAGCACAUCAGCUCUAGAAGGGGAAAGUCAGGGACUACAUUCAAAUGAAGACUCGACAGAUGUUAGAAAACCGCCCCACGUCCCAGUUAUGUUGGAUGAAGUAUUAGAGCUACUGGACCCGAAACUGGGCAAAGUGUUGCUAGACAUGACGUUUGGGGCUGGUGGGCAUACCAAAGCACUGCUACAGCGAGGAGCCAAAGUCGUUGCUCUGGAUAGAGAUCCGGUUGCCAACAAAAUGGCACAAAACCUGGCCUUGCAAUAUGGAGACAUGCUGACACCGUUGCUGGGAAGGUUUUCUGAGCUUGCUGAGUUGAUGGCUGAGAAGAACAUUAAGGAGCAGAGCUUUGAUGGGAUACUGCUGGACGCUGGCUGCUCGUCAAUGCAGAUGGACACUGGUCAGCGAGGCUUCUCGAUCAGCCAUGAUGGACCCCUCGACAUGCGCAUGGAUUGCAAUAGGGACUUGAAGCAGCCCACAGCAUACGAUGUAGUUAACCACAUGGAGGAGGUCGAUCUGGCAAAAAUACUCAAGCGCUAUGGAGAAGAAAGGCAGGCCAAAUGCAUAGCAAAGGCCAUUGCAGAGACACGCCUAUCCUUCGGACUUAUCACAACAACCGGUCAGCUAGCAGAUGUCGUUGCUAGCGCUACAAGGAGUGAUCAUGGAUUGGACAUGAUCCAGCGAUACAACCAUUCUGCAACCAAGACAUUCAUGGCAAUUCGCAUAUUCGUUAACAACGAGUUAAAUGAACUGUUCAAUGCGGUCACGCUGGCACAUCGCUAUCUGCGACCUGGUGGAAAAUUUGUUGCCAUGACGUUCCACUCGUUGGAGGACCGUGUCGUGAAGCGACAUCUGCACGGGAUCGAUAUCGAUGAGAAGUUUAGUCCAACAAUGAGCGCCAAGUAUCGCAACUCAAACUUGUGGCACUCCGACGAAAUGAUGAAAUGUUGUGCAGACACACGCAUGUGGGAUGUCCAGCGGAAGAAGGUGAUAACUCCAACUGAAGAAGAAGUACACCAUAACCCACGCAGUAGAUCAGCCAAGCUGCGAUUUGCAAUGAAGAUGUGACACCAAAUUAGUUGACGAUUUUAAUUUGUUUGCCAACUUGAAUAAUAUUGCCUGUCUAUGUUUACAUGGACUACGUACACAUUGUUGUUUGAUGGCGGGCAGAGAGUUAGCUGUGGCACAGUUAGUUAGGUGAGCCCUUUAUCUAAAAGCGAGGCUAAUAUGAGGUAGGAGUGUGACAUAGCAGAGCAGUGUUGAGAGAGAGAUAGUGUGUGCAAGAAGCCGAGGGAUGAGGUACGGUCCUACAACCGGAUAGGGUGAGAUCAAAUAAGAACAGAGCUACCCACAGGUAGAUAAAAAGCAGGUAUGGAAACACUGUGUAUAUAAAUUUCCCAGGCAUUGAAUGCAAGCCAGUAAAAUGAGUGUGCAGCUCUGAAGUUUUGCACCUCUGUGCAGAUAGAUUAUAGACAUCGCUAGGACCAUAUACCCACUGGCAGUUCGUUCGGAAACCAUGGGGAAAGUGUCGUAUAUUGAUAAGAAGCGAGGCCCGGAACAUGGAUUGCUGAUUGUGGAUCUGUCGGUACUUCGAUGUGAAGUAUAAAAGUAAUAGAAGAGGGAUCAAAUUCUAGCUCGAUAGCUGGUUUAUUGUUAUGUUUAGAACUCCAUGGUGGUCACUACUUACUGUACAUUCGGUAGUUUAUGUGGUACAAUUACGUAUGUAUAAAACAUGUGGUCAUUAUUAGUAAACAAAACCACUUUGAGCCACUUUCUAUUAGGGCAAGUAUUCUGUAAAAUGUGCAUGCCCGAAUGACAUUCUAUAGUUGCCCAUAUAUUUUGCAAGAAUAUAUUUGGAAUAUCGAGUAAAGAAGUGUACACCAGACAACUUUUAGAUGCCAUGCAUUCGUUUCCGGUGUUAGAAUUUCGUCAUUUUAAAGUAAAAACCUUUAGUUAAUGGCCAGUUAUUUACCUGGAUAUUUACCUGGAUGCCACUUGUCUUCUGACAAGUGGCUGGGGGUUAGGAAGCUCAACGCUUACGUAAAACCCUUGUGCGCAAAAAUGUGUGAAAAGUUAAUUAUAAUUUAUGCAUUAUUUAAGCAGGAGCCCAUUGGGCAAGUGAGCUUGUGAUGUUUACAUGUCUGCUGAGAUGUCUACAUGUCUCGGGCGUCGGACGCCCGGCUAAAUUCGAAGACUGAAUGUCUCAAAUGUUUAUCUGUGAUUAUUAAUAAACUUGGUUGUUAGUGUCUCAUA